ACAAGCACAAAUUUUGCAUAAAACCCAAAACUUUCCUCCUCUUUCAAUCUGCAACAGUAUCUCACACACACGCACACACAGAUUCUUCUUCCAAUUUCCCUCAAUCUCUCUCUUUCUCUCUCGAAUUCGAUCGCAAUCUCAGUCCGAUCGAAUUCCUUCGUCUCUGAUUAACUUCCCUUCUUUCGUCCGUCCAUGGAGAACAACCAAAACGCGGAAUUGCCCUUGCCCAAGCCCAACGCCAACGCCAACGCCAACAAUGGCGAACAGGUCGAAAACCCUAAUUCCGACCGUCCCGAUGAGCAGCAACAGGACUCGGUUGCUGGAUCGUUGGAAAUGGCUGAUCAGUCGUCUCCGCCAGCCGCUUCUGCUCGUCUUUCUUCCAGAACUCCCUUUACUAAUCUUAGCCAAGUCGAUGCCGACCUAGCCCUUGCUCGCACCCUUCAAGAACAGGAAAGGGCAUAUAUGAUGUUACGAUUGAACAAUGAUGGAAGUGAUUAUGGAAGUUGGGAAGCUGGAAGCUAUUUACAUGAUGAUGAGGACGAUUUCAAUGAUUUUCAUGAUGAAACGGAUGCAGACGACGACGGCGAUGAAGAAGAUGAAUAUGAAGGAACUGAUGUCGAGAAUGAUGAAGAUGCAUUUGAUGCGCAUGCUCACCAUGAUGAUGAUGGUGAAGACAACAGCAUCAGUGUUGAAUAUGACCCGGCUGUUUUUUCGAGUGACGAGGCCUAUGCAAGAGCCCUACAGGAUGCUGAAGAGAGAGAGAUGGCUGCUAGGCUCUUAGCUCUUGCUGGAAUAAAUGAUCAUGAAGUUGAGGACUCCGAGCCAGAGGAAAGUGGUGAUAAUUCUCAGGAUGCUUGGGAGGAGGUUGACCCGGAUGAACUUUCAUACGAGGAGUUGCUUGCUUUGGGUGAAGUAGUUGGAACAGAGAGCAGAGGUCUUUCAGCUUCUGGGAUUGCCUCGUUGCCUUCAGUAAACUACAAGACAGGAAGCAGUCAGAGUGGAAGCAAUGAUUCGUGUGUCAUAUGCCGGUUGGACUACGAGGAUGGUGAGACCUUGACAUUACUCUCUUGCAAACAUUCCUAUCAUCCUGAGUGUAUAAAUAACUGGUUGAAAAUAAACAAGGUCUGUCCUGUUUGCAGCACUGAGGUCUCUACAUCUGGAAACAGCUAGUAGGAUUCACAUCUUAUUCUACAAGUGAUAGCACCAAGAAAAGCACUCUUGACUUGGAAGUAAUUCCCUAAUCACCUCUCCCAUCUAUGUUCUUUCAUUCGGUGGAUCCAUCGAACAGGCAAGACCUAUUUCAAGAACAGAAUGUAAGCACUUUUCCAUCUCAACACAGGACGGAGUUCUCCCACUCCAGCGGCUUUUGAAAGUUGGCUGCAGGCUCCACCUUCGAAGGCAACAGGGCCUUCACUACAACCAGGAGUUCCGGUCCAUUCCGUAGCUCUGACAUCCCAACACGCUGAGGGUUCCUCUUCAAAGGCUUACCCUCAACCUCCUAAAGUCCAGAAAGAGCUUUCUUUCCCGCCCUAACCCCCAUUCAUGAGGGGCUUGACUCAAUGGAUCUCUGUGGCCCUUGAAAGAUUUGUUUGCGCUACUAUUCGGCUGCAUGUAUUAUUUUCCACUUCUAUUGAGGCUGAGGUUUUCUCCGCUGUUGGCCCUUUUGCUUGCGUUACUAUUCGGCUGCAUGUAUUAUUUUCUACUUCAGG